GGGGUUUCUCCUUCUCUCUCCUCCCGUCCCUGUCAUCUUCGGUCUCAUUCAAACUUCUGGGUUAUUUUAUUCAUUGGCGAUAUUCCUGUGACAAUUCGUGGGAGAUGCAGAGUUUGUCCGUUCCCAGUCCCAGUCCGCCAGUCCUGACCAGUAGGGAACGGGCUGUUGCCAACAAAAAGGCUCAGGAAGAAGCGCUGGCCCGCAUCUCACCCAACACCCUCUAUAUUGCCCUUUGGAUACGGUCCGACCCUCCGCAAGCGGACGACUUCCAUUGGGGCUACUAUUUCCAUACGGACUCCAGCGGGGGGAUCCAAUACCACGUCAAAGGCUUGAAUGCGGGGUGGAUCACCGACCAUGGACGAGAGGGGGGCAUCUUCAAAUCCAACUUCCUGUGCGUUCUCAUUCAGAUCGCAACAAUCCCCGCGGUGAAGCAUAGGCAACUGGACCAAAUCAUGAGAUCCCGCGAUGCAGAUCUGAACUCCAUUCCGAAUGUGACAUGUCGUGUGUGGUUGACUACCAUCCUUGGCCAAAUGAUUGAGCAUGGGCUGGUGCGCUGCAGCAGGGUCGAUGCUUUGGAACGAGAAUGCAAGGAUUUUGGGAACCAGUACAGUGGUGGGGCGCAACGAAAUGAGCAGCCUCGACCCGUUGUGACUUCGAGAUUGUGUACGUGAGAGGUUGACUGAAGCAGAGAGCUUGUUUUUUCUUCCUUGCUGUCCGGAGAUUCUCCCUUGAUGUGUCAAUUCACUCUUGCCGCGAUGACAUUCGCCAGUCAUGACACUAAUGACCCAUCACAUUUCUAUCUCCUUGGCCUCCUUAGUGCUCUUUUCUGCUUCUUUGGCGUUAAUCAACACAACGUGAUUCCAUUACUAGGUGGAGGAGCUCAGGUGGAGGAGCUCAAGAC